AUGGCGUCCAUCUGCCUGCGAUCCUGCCGCGUGCAGUCCGUCCUCCGAUCCGCCAGAAAUCCUACCACCGUCCGCCCCAGAAUCCCUAGCAACAUCCCCCGACGUCAUGCUUCUACUGGCACCGGCUCCUCGACGGAAUCCCAGGCCGGUUCGGGUCUGAAGACUGGCCUGUACAGCAUUGCCCUCGUCGGUUCCCUCUACGUCUCCUAUCUCUAUGUAACCGAUACGAGGGCCUCCAUCCACGCAUUGUCACCCAUGUUGAUGCGCUUUGCAUGGAGCGACGCCGAGGACGCUCACCAUGCCGGCACUGGCAUGAUGAAAACUCUCUACGAUCUCGGCCUACACAUCCGCGAACGUGAUAGAACCCUCGCCGAACACCCUGCUCUGGCGACGGAAGUCUACGGAAUGAAACUGUCCAACCCCAUCGGUAUCAGCGCCGGCCUCGACAAGCACGCCGACAUUCCUGACGCCCUCUUCGCCCUCGGUGCCGGCAUCGUUGAGGUUGGUGGCUGCACGCCCCGCCCGCAGGACGGCAACCCUCGCCCGCGUGUCUUCCGCGUUCCCAGUCUCGACGGCAUGAUCAACCGAUACGGUCUCAACUCGCGGGGUGCCGACAGCAUGGCCAUCACACUGAGGGAGCGCGUGCGCAAGUUCGCUCGCAAGGUUGGCGCGACAGAGCAGGAGGUUCUGGACGGCGAGGCUGGUGUCCCUGCUGGCAGUUUGCUCCCCGGCAGAUUGCUGGCUGUGCAGAUUGCCAAGAACAAGGAGACGGACCAAAAGGAUGUCAAUGCCGUUGCUCAGGACUACGUUUACUGCGUGCAACGUCUUGCUAGGUAUGCCGAUAUCCUGGUGGUCAACGUGAGCAGCCCAAACACCCCUGGUCUCCGCGACUUGCAGGCCACCGAGCCUCUGACGAGGCUGUUGAGCGCCGUGGUUCAGGAGGCUCGCAAGGUCGACCGCAAGGUUGCCCCCAAGGUCAUGGUCAAGGUCUCCCCUGACGAGGAGGAGGAUGCCCAAAUUGAGGGUAUCGUCCAGGCUGUCUGCAGCAGCGGUGUCGACGGUGUCAUCGUGGGCAACACCACCAACCGUCGCACAGGCAUCGUUCCCCAAGGCGUCAAGCUUACUGUCAAGGAGCAGAAGGCGCUGCAGGAGACGGGUGGUUACUCGGGACCCGCCAUGUACAGCAGAACCCUGGAUCUGGUCGGAAGAUAUCGCAAGAAGCUCGAUGCCCAGACCCUCCAAACCGGCUCGGCCGAGGAGGCGGCUGCUAUUCCUGAUGUCGACGGCUCCCUCUCCGGCAAGCUUCACGAUUUGAUCGAGGGCAAGGAUACACCGAGAAAGGUCAUCUUCGCGACAGGCGGCAUUACAAAUGGAGAGCAGGCGCUCAAGAUCCUCAAUGCGGGCGCCAGCGUGGCCAUGGUGUACACUGGCUUGACGUACGGCGGACCGGGAACAAUUACAAAGAUAAAACGGGAGAUUAAGGACCAGGCGUAG